CAUCAACUCCUCUACCGGUGGCAGCGCCCGUUGCUGCGACAGCGCCAGCGAAUCCACCCACAGUUAGUCAAACGCCACCACCAUCGCUUUCGGGAACUGCUUAUGCCGCGAGAGAUGUAUAUCGCAGCGCCACCACGAAUGUGAACGAGAGGAUCGCCAUCAGCGUGAGCAGCAGCCCUCUGUCGCAGAUUGGAGUCGGUGUUGGCGUGGUUACGGCCGAAUAUGCGACGAAUAGCGGUAUGGGUAGUGGCAUGGCUGGUGGUAGAGGGGAUAGACCGAGGAUAUCUCUUCUACCGCCUGUAUCGGUGACGCCGACAGCUUCACCGACGGCACCUUCAGACUAUCAGCACGUGACCAGUGCCAGAAAUUCACGAAUAGGCCUCAUGCCCGUCCAACCAGAUCAGUAUUGCAGUCGUACGGCCGUUGAGAUAGCCAAUCUGCAAGAGGCACCGCCCUUCAAAAAAAUACGUUUGGCCCAACCAACGCAAGUUCAGUUACAGUCCCAAUCGCAAUCUCGCUGUCAGAGCCUAUCACCCGCUGACCCCUGCGGUAAACAAGAGCACGUGGUACAGUUGCAGCAACCACUCAGGAUAGACACUAGGGAGCAGCCCGCUGCGUAUACGCCGCAAACAGAAGCGAUUUCACCGACGCUUCCAGAACCGAGCACACAGGAGGACGCGCAAUUCAGGAGUACGAAGGAUGAUCUUUUGCAGCAGAUCGCCAAAGUUGAUAGAGAGAUUGCGAAAAGAGAGUCUCAAAUAAAUAAGCUUCGGAAAAAGUUGAAAGAAUUGGAAGAGGCAGCGAACAAACCUCUAGAAGCCAGUGGUCUUAAACGGCAGGUUGAGGAACAAUCGCAGCAACCAAAGCAUCAAUCUCUGGCGCAGAAAAUUUAUGCUGAGAAUAGGAGGAAGGCUGAAGAAGCUCAUAGACUCCUAGAGAGGUUGGGUCCAAAAGUGGAGCUACCUUUGUACAAUCAACCGUCGGAUACAAGUGUGUAUCAAGAAAAUCGUACGAAGCAUCAAACUUGUAUGAGAGCUAGGUUUAUAGCGAGGCUUCGACGGGAACACGCCGAACGAGCGUCUCUUCACCGACAACAGUCUCGAACAUACGCCAUUUUGGUGCAGGAGUGGCAUCGUAAAAUAGAACGAUUAGAGGCAACGCAAAAGAGGAAAUCGAAGGAAGCAAAAAAUCGCGAGUUCUUCGAAAAAGUCUUUCCUGAGUUACGAAAACAAAGGGAAGACAAGGAGCGUUUUAAUAGAGUUGGUUCUCGUAUCAAAAGCGAAGCUGAUCUAGAGGAAAUUAUGGACGGCCUUCAAGAACAGGAGAUGGAAGAUAAGAAAAUGCGGUCGUACGCAGUGAUACCUCCGUUAUUAUUGGAUGCAAAACAAAGACGAAUCGCGUUUCAGAAUCGAAACGGUCUGCUUCAGCCAGAAGAAUUAGAGGCUCUUCACAGCGAACGGAAGUUGAUCAACGUUUGGAGUUCUGUGGAGCACGAAUUGUUUAAAGAAAAAUAUUUACAACAUCCUAAGAACUUUGGAACGAUAGCUCAAUCUUUAGAACAUAAGUCCGUUCCAGAUUGCGUGCAUCAUUACUACCUCACUAAAAAAGCAGAAAAUUAUAAGCAGCUAUUACGAAAGUCACGGCAACGACCACGUAGCUCUCGGAACAAUCCUAAUAAUAAAGUAAAUAAUACCACUUCAAGUAUUGGACCCAUAGACAUUUUAACUACGGGUGUUACGACGAGGCUGCAACGUGAGCAGCAACAGAAGACACAAGAAAAUCCACAGAAUAAUUCGGCGGUAGCGUCGACUACCACGACGACUACCACCACAACAACUGCAACGAACGUAUCAGCGGUCGUUACGUCUACCAUAGCGACUACUUCAGCGACUUCUUUGAGUUUAGCAACGUCGAAUACAUGUUUAACGACAGAAUCCGUGAUAACAUCAACAGCGGCAGCAACGACAUCGAUAUUGAGUACCACAACGUCGUGUGUUACUUCGUCGAUUACACCUAGUGCGAAGGAUACCAGGGAAACUAACAAGGAAAAUAAAGAAAUUAAAAUAGAACCCAAGGAGUCUAAUCUUAUCAAAGUCGAGAUCAAGGAGGAGCCGCAGUUGAGUGCUGAAGCGAUGACAGGAAAAGAUGUGAAAGUAAUAAUCGACGGGAAGAACACUCUAUCGUCGUCGACGUCGUCGUUGGGUGUGAACGCGGCGAACGUGGCGAACACAACAAAUGCGACGAACGCGACGAACGCAACGAAUACGCCGAACGCGACAAACGCGACGGCGAUACACCUGGAUUUCAAAGAUUCGAAUAAAAAGAAGCCGGUUGGCAAAGAGGCGAACACCAGUGCCGUGACCGGCGUGGCCGGCGUGGGAGCUGCGAGCAGGUUAAAGGAGAAAAAGAAGGAUAAUCACGCCACGCCUAUGGAGACCAGCGACGAAGAGGCCCAGUCGAUGGACGCAAUCGAAGGCAGCAGACAGAUCGGCCCCCACGCGUGCACAGUCUGUCAGAACGUGGUCGAAGGUAGCGCGCAGAGUCGAGCCCUGCCAAGAAGUCAGGCAUCCCAAUAUGGGCUGCGGGAAGAUCAGGUAGCACCCGGUGCUCGCGUUUGCAACACCUGCAGGUGUAAAGCGAUCAGGGGACGGUACACCGCGUGUCCCUUACCUGGCUGUCCGAACCUGAACAACGCCAGCUCGAAGACCAGGGUGAAACGACUGAGAGCACUACCCGCCAAAUGGCUUGACCUACCCGCCGAAAUUCGUGACCCGAUCAUCCAAGAGUUCCAAAUACCUGGCAACGCGACUAAGUGUUGCUCAGCUUGCUUCAACCGAAUAUCGCGGCGACUGGCGCCUCACCUGACCGGCAACACCGAAGUCGCCGAGGACACGGCUGACUCGCUGGCUCGGCAAUGGACGGACGAAGAAUUAGAGUUGCUCAGGAGAGCACUCAGGGAACACGGCACCAACUGGUUGAAAGUUGCCGAGCAAAUCCCGGAGAAGACGAAUCAUCAGUGCAAGAAUUACUACUUUGCAUAUCGGAAGAAGCUCAGCCUGGAUCAAAUGGUUGCCGAGUAUUAUCAGUCUUUGGGCGAGGAGAGGAGACCUUGCUUGACGGACGAAGAAGAGAGCGGCAGCAGUACGAGCAGCUGUGACGAGCUGGCGGUUCAUGACUCGAGCGACACAGCCAGCGCAGGUAGCCCAGCGAAUAACAUGUCGAGCGGAACGCCAGGGACACCGGGUUCUUCUACGACAUUGCCUAUAUCUUUCUCGCGAUCAACGGACCAGAAACUUGGUGAUAAACUGGCGGACAUUGCAGUGGUGUCGCUGGUGCCACCGGUGAGCAUAGGUUCGUCGCAACAGUCUUCCACCAGCGGAGGUAGCAACGCUGCUUCAGCUGGCACUAGAGAAGACUAUGAUAGUUCGGCCACGACGGCGGACGAGGGUCAGGGAGGUGCCGAUUUAGAUAAUAGCAGCGUUGUCGUAACCCUAACCACCGCCAAUAACUCGACGCCGCUUCAACAGCAACAUCAACAAUCACAUCAGCAGCUGCCACCUACAUCGCAUUCGCCCCCAUCAACCACCAGCAACUCAAACCCACUUACCGUUAAAGACCUUAUGCUCGGCGUUAUCGAGAUGCAGUUGAAACGUAAUCCGAAUAGUCCAGCCGGCAUCAGCGGCUCCUCUGUAUCAGUGAAUUCUGGAACGCCAACAAUAUCUAGCAUAUUGAAAACCGAUCACCGGAACGACAUUACCUUCGUCAGGGAAUAUAAACCGUCGAGUUCCAUGGCAAACACUACCAUGUCGAGGGAUUCGAAUUUGGCAACCCUGUCAGUGGUAUCAAGUUCACAUCACGGACAUCGAUCUGCUCCUAGUCCUCAACAACUUGGUCAAAUGCAAGCAACGAUUACCCCCUGCCCACCAACGGCAUCAAGCAGUCAAUCGUCGUCGUCGGAUUUGAUUCCAAAGGAGGGAUUAAUCGUGAUGCAAGUGCAACAGGCGCUUCGUGAAACAGAAGGCACCCUUGACCUGAGUAUUAAAAAACCGAGGCAACAACAAGAGUAUAAUCAUUCCUUGCAAACGCUUCAUAAGCCACCCACGGUUCUUUAUCGACCAGAACCACCUCCAGGUGCUUACUACCAUCCUCACGCUCAUCCGGAGCAAAGCCGUGGCGCGAAAAGUCCACUAGUUUAUGCUUCUUCGCCGCGACCACAAGCACCUCUUACACCGAAAAUGAACAAGGUCACCGUGCCACCGCCACACCCGAAAUUGUCUCCUAAAUUGAGUAAUAUGGGCACGCCGGGACACAAGGGUGGCUCUAUCACGCACGGUACUCCCGUUUCCAGUACUCGUUACGACGGUCUUCUUCGACAAAUGACGCCUCCAGGAAAUCCUGGUAGUGCUGCUGGCACCUCGAAUGUUCCCAGCGGCGCGAGCGCCGUCAAUGCCCCCAGCAAUCAAGGACCUAAAGAAACAGGUUCCAUAACUCAAGGUACACCAGUUCAUCCCUUCGCAGUGGACAAGCGUGCGCCUAUGUAUGACUAUCAUAGAACUAUCAGGCACUCACCCGUGACAACGGGUAACAUUCCUGGACAGGGCCAAAGUCAAGCAGGAACCGCGGCGGUAGUAGUGACUCAUAGUAAUCAGUAUAAUUCCUAUUCCGCCCGGCCGCCGCCUAGCUACACGAUGGAACAACAGUUAUCCUCGCGACAGAUCAUCAUGAACGACUACAUAACCAGUCAACAGAUGCAUGCGCGUAGUCGAAAUAGUGGCACGUCGGAAGGUGGUAGUAAGAACGAAUCGCCGUCAACACUGUAUUACACGAGCACACCUCCUCCGCAGUCGCACACGCAACCUCGACAGGGAGUUAUUCAAAGGCAUAAUCCUCAGAAACAGAUUCACUACCCACCUCCACCACCGGGAUUGGAAGCCUUUUCAAGUUUAGUGGACGUAGCCGUGCAACAACCCAGUCUUCCAGUUCCCCAUCCGCACAGCCAUCCCGCCUCCGUUAGCAGCAGUCACGAGGGUCUUGGCAAGACCAUGGCAGACAGGCUACUGGCCGAUCGCUAUGGAGAUAAGCAUCGUUUGGCUAUGCAUCAGGCGGAUCAUAGAAUGGCGGUGGCGCAUCAUCAUCAACGAGAUAGGGAAAGAGAACGUGAUUUAGUUCAUCUGCGUGAGAAAGAAGAGUACCGGUUGCAACGGGAGAAAGAAAUGCAGCAGCAGGAACAUAGAAUGGCUCAGCAGAGAGAAAAGGACGCGCAACAUGCCGAGCAUAGAUUGUCGAUGCAGCAAAGAGAAAAGGAUAUACAACACCCCGAUCACCGCCUUACCGUCCAUCAGCAGAGAGAGAAGGAAAUUCAUCAGCAAAUGGCUGCGGCCGCUGCUCAGCGAGAGAAAGAACAUCAGGAGCAUCGAUUGGCCGUGCAACAACAGCGAGAAAGGGACAUGCAUUUGCAACAGCAACAGCAACAACAGCAGCAGCUUCAUCAACAUAUUCAACAGCAACAAAGAAUGGAGGCCGAAAGAAGGCAUAUGGCUCAGUUGUACAGAGAUCAGCAACAACAACAGCUCGAUAGGGACUCUAGCAGGUUAAUGAGUAGUGGGUUCACUCAGUCCUCGAGGCUUCAGCAACCACAACAAUCACAACAGCAACAACAACAACAGCAGCAGUCUUCGUCUCGGCAAAGUCAGUCCUCCAAUCAACAACAAAAUGAAUCAGCAUCUACAUUAACCGCCGCCAGUCUAAUAGAUGCUAUCAUAACUCAUCAAAUUAAUCAGAGCGUUGAAAACACUGGUGCAAAUUCGCAAUCUCAACGACCAAGCGAUCGUCUUUUCCAGGGAUUCCACCGAGAAGCCCCAGCAGAACCUAAUGGAAUGGCUCAUAGUCCUGCUGGCGAAGGUAACGGAGGUAACAGCGGAACGGGUGGCGCCAGCGGUAAUGGAAGUGGAAGCAAACCCAUUACUCUUGGCGAGCACGUAGAUCACAUUGUUUCCAAGGAUUACGGUCCUCCGCAUUCUUCCUAUAGAUCGUAUAGCGGGUACCAAAUCUCGGAAGAUCAGUGGAAAAGGCGAAAAGCCAACGAGUCUGAUUCCGUUAAAGCUGGAGACGAGCGUCAAAUAAUCCGCGUGACGCAACAACAGUCGCAGCAACAGCAACAACAGCAACAACAGCAGCAACACCAGCAGGCAGCAUCCUCGGUAGGGAAGCAACAAUUCCAUUCGGUCGAGCCUGUAUCGCCCCCGGAAGCAGGUACCAAUCAUUACGGACGUCGCUUGUAUGAAACAACCACUGCCACUUCGACUUCUGGAACCCCUUCCAACAAGCCUCAUCUUUCGCCGUUGGAUUACGUGAAGAACAAAAUCGUCGAAGUAAUGCGUACAUCCGAGGACGAUAAAGGUGGCAACACGGGCGAUAGGAACGGAGGGAACGUUGCUAGCGGAGAAAAGGACGAGAAGAUCGGAGGAAAUAUCGAGAGUCCUUCCGGUGCAGAGAUGAUGGUCGACGGGACACCGAAUCAAACUCCGCAACCACCUGCGCCAGCUCCUACAACUACAUUCUAUCCGUUUAGCGCAUUAGGAGUGCAUACCGGUCCUCCGCCGGCACCACCGCCCCCAACUUCCGGUUCCGCUUCCGUGACUAAGUCCGAACAAAUGCAGGCUGAGCCGGCGCCGUUGCUUUCUGCUCAGUACGAACCACUUUCUGACGAGGAUUGAUAGUCUAAUAAUUUAGCUACGUACAGAUUGACACGCUGUGACAAGUUUCUUAAGAUAUUUAUGCACUUUGUUUAUCUCGACAAGAGUCUCACACAGACAACGAUAAACGAUUGAACGUUUCACGAUUAGCAAUGUUUGUCGGGCGUUAGCCGUCGCGUUCUUACUGAUCGUCAGGUUUUGAUCGCAUUGAGGAGAUUCAUUUCGUUUCAUUUCAUUUCAUUUUGUAUCAUUUCAUUUCAUUUCAUUCUAUUUCAUUUCAUAUCAUUUCGUAUC